AUGAGCAUUCAAAUGAACUUAGUUUUCCUCAUCUUAAUUGGUGAAUUGGCGAUUCUCGCUGUUCUUGUGGCGCCUCUUCCGCAGGUUGUGCGUUCCAAGAUCGUGGAUUUAGCCACAUUUGCGAUGCGCCAGGUCCAUUGCCAGGUCAUUUCCGUAUUUUCUAGCGCCCUCAUUGGGUUGAUGUUCUUGGAUAGCGUGCACAAGCUGGCAAGAGCCGCGCCGCCGGCCCUUAACCACCCAUUGGGCACUGUUGCGCCGCCACCAACCUCUGAGCAGUUGGUCAGAGUCUUUUACGCACAGAGAAAUAUGUACUUGACCGGUGCCGUAUUGUUCUUCGGUAUGGCUAUUGGAACCGUCGUGACCAUUCUCAAGCAGUUGGUGCGCGCUCAGAAACGUUUGGCGGCCGUCAAGGGCGAUAGCUCUGAGGGCGGUGCCAGCGAGGGGUCUCUUCAGGAGAUUGACAACUUGAAGAAGGAUUUGAACAAGAAGGAGAUGGAUGUGAACACGUUGAAGAAGCAGGUGGACGGGUUGGGAAGGGCUUUUGAUGACUUGGCUGACACUGUUACCGUAAAUUCAGGCGACAAGAAAUCCGAUUAA